CCGCAUAUAUAGCGCCAUCUACUAUAGUCGAUCCGCUUCCGGUCAAAGAUGGCUUUCUUAGGCGAUUGGAAAGCUGUUGUCAAUGCUCAUUAUUUCAGCAAUAUCCUUCUUGCUGUUUUAUAUUUUAUUUUGAAAACAACACCGACAGUUUGCACAUUUCUGUUCGAAGAUUGUAAGCUAGAAAUUAAAGAGUGGGAAUGGAUCACUUUUCUGGGCUGUGUCAUUGUGUUGAAGAAUAGAAAAGAAGCAACUAUCAACAAGUAUGUCUCCACUACUUGUUUGUUUGCCAAGAUGUUGAACUUGGUGAUGUUUUUCAAGCAGAGUCCUGGUCUGGGUAUAGCUUACUGUGUUUUGUGUUUACUCCAGUUCAUAUUUCUGCCAGAACCAACAUACCAAGGUCCAGAACAUGUAACCUACUUCCGAGGACCACAUUUAGAGGAGGAGCUGGAGAAAGAUACACGGGUCCGAUGGUUUAUCACUUUUUAUGCUGCAUGGUCUCCCAACUGUAUGCAGUUUGCCCCAUCUUUCUCUGAAGUGUCAGCUGAGUACUCCCUAAAUAAUCUGAAGUUUGGUAAAAUUGAUGUGUCAAGAUAUCCUGCUGUAGCUGAGAAGUUUAAGAUAGAUCAUAGUGCUUGGUCCAGACAGCUUCCUACUAUCAUCUUCUUUGAGGAUGGCAAAGAAAAGACAAGACGGCCAUUAUGUACCAAACAUCAUACACUGAAGUUCGCUUUAACAAAGGAAAACUUUGUCAAAGAGUUUGAAUUGAAUGAGGUUUAUAAUCAGUGCAAGAAGAAUCCCUUGGUUGUGAGAAAGAAAAAGGAUGAUUGAGAGACCCAUUUGUCACUGUCACCUGUCCAUGGUCACUCAAGUGAUAUUUAGUCAACAUCAACAUACUCAAGUUUCUUGUCUGUCCUGUAGAUUUUAAUAUAAGAACAUGGAAAGAUUAAUGUUUGACUUUGUGUAUGGACCUUCUGCAGCCAUGAAAAUAUUUGGUUGUAUUUUUGUAUAUAUAUAAUAUAUAUAUGGUAGUAAUUAUCCCAGAUAAACAAGCGUUUUGUAAUUAUUGUUUUUGUCCACCUGGGUGUUCAAUAAUUAAUGAUCAGAAAGUACAACAUUUCAAAGAAGUAGCCAGUUCUCCAUAAAACAUAAAAGCAGCCAAAAUUCUUGGUAAUUACUUAUUCUUAUUGAAAAAUACUGAUGCCAGUGAGGAAAUAUGUUUGUUAACACGUUGACUGCCUAUCUUAGUAUCACUACGAGUCAUCUCGUAGUGGCAAAAUGGUAUUUUGAAACAAGUUUCACAUGUUGGCAAAAUAGGCACAAGAAACAAAUGUCUCCUGGCAUUUUUUGUUAUCGCCAGGAGACGAUUGCUUCUUGUGCCUGUUUUGCCAACAUGUGAAACCGGUUUCAAAAUAUUAUUGAUGCAGCUACGAGAUAACUUGUAGUGGCAGAUUCGGCCAGACAUUGACACUACGAGUAUACUCAAGUGGCAGUCAACGUGUUAA